CACAAACAAUUUCUACUUUUCCGGUGAAAAUUAGAAAGCUCAAAAAAAGGCGAAGUCUUUGUGGUGCGAUGCGAUUCAUAUCUCCGGCGACGACAUGACAUCUUUACGAUCCCUCAGCAUCUCGCUUUACACUUACUCUAACUCUGCUCCGAUUUCACCACCAAUCAAGAUCCGAAAUUUUCUAAAUUCAUUCAACAGAUUCCACGGCCUGUCAUCUUCGAGCUCUUCUUUGAUCGGAGAUUUAGUUUGCUCAUCAAGAAAGCAGUGUCUCUCCGUAAAGGUCCAAGUGUUAGCUGCUGAAACCGAACAGCCAAAAUGGUGGGAGAAGAAAGCAGGGCCAAACAUGAUUGACAUUACCUCCACUGAACAGUUUCUGAAUGCUUUAAAAGAUGCCAGAGAUAGAUUAGUUAUCGUUGAUUUUUAUGGAACUUGGUGUGGUUCUUGCCGUGCAAUGUUCCCAAAGCUCUGCAAAACGGCGAAAGAACACCCUGAUAUCUUGUUCCUUAAAGUAAACUUUGACGAGAACAAGUCUCUCUGCAAAAGCUUGAACGUCAAGGUGUUACCAUACUUCCACUUCUAUCGUGGCGCUGAUGGCCAAGUCGAAUCCUUCCCAUGCUCUCUUGCCAAGUUCCAGAAACUGAGAGAGGCGAUAGAGAGACAUAAUGUAGGAAAUUUCAGUGACUUCUCUUCUUCAGCUUCUGAGAGAGUUGAAGAUUCAAGCGUAUAGUUCAUGUCUGAUUCUGAUUGAUCAACGGUUCUUUUGUUAAAUGGCUUCCCUGUAUAUAUAUGUUAACUGCAUUUGCAUAUGGGUGCAUCAUAAUUUGUACAUAAAUACAAUAUUCUAACUUCGAGUUCAUAUAACUAGACAAUUUGCACGAACACUGUUAUAACGUGUGUCUUUAGUAUUUUCAAUUUUGAGAGAUGGUCGAGUUCUUUUUACCA